GCCAUUGCAGAGUCCACGCAGAAAGAAGUCUGCUGUAAGCCUUCGGAGCGCCACCACACCCAGCGCGCACCGAUCCCACUGGUUUCCAGGUGGCGUCUCGCUGCAGACGCGUCGCCUCCUCAUUCUGCUCCACGUCGUUUGGACAGGUCGGAGGCGCAUUUCAUCCCACGAGGACUCAGCGCGCGCGCCCGCGAGCGGACAUGGGGAACUACAAACUCUCAGUGCUGCUCUCUCUGAUCGGAGGCAUGAUGUUGAUUUUACCCCAUGGCCACAGCAAAAAUGUCUCCAUCAGCGUGCAAACUGGGGACAACUCCUCCUUAUCUGAAGGGAAAGUCGGAGGGCGCCCCCGUGUGACGAGGUCGACCGUCAACUGCGACAGCACCUUUGACCAGUUCUGCCUGAACAACGGCAAGUGCAUGCUGCUGGUGGACUUGAACGAGCACCACUGCCAGUGUGACAUUGGCUUCAAUGGCCCCAGGUGUGACAUGCCGGAGAUGGUCCAAGGAAAAAUGGCAGAGGGGGAAAUCAUUUUGAUUGUUUUCUGCGUGGGUCUGCUGGUCAUAGGUCUGGCUGGAGCAGCAUACUUCUUCUUUAAGUGGUACAAGAAAAACAAAUUCCCACGGCAGCAGAAACGGCAGGGAUACAGAGGAGUCCAGCUGGUUUAAGGUGUCAAACAUCCAAUCCCCUGAAAGCACCAAGCAGGACUGUUUUUAUGAACAAAAUGAAAAAAAGCUCAGCAUUCUUUGAUGUUUCCCAACACGCUUACACUGAGGGGCUGGUGCUCCUCAUCUUUGUGGGGCAGGCAGAUCGUUACAAAGAGAUUAAUAAGAUGCUUUCAGAGGCGGAGGUGAUCGUUUUCCAGCCGUAAUUGUUCUUACGUUUCGCCAACUUUCACCUGGUUUGAAAAGAGGAAUAGUGAGACGCACAAAAAUCUUUUUGUGUGAGCGAAACCGCCCACGUGAUGGUGGAGAAUUCACAGAACAGAGCCCCCAUCCCUGUAGUGACUCGCACUGAUUCCUGCUUUGUGUACAAUAAACGGUUUCGUUGUUACAGGUGGGAAGCAGAGGAUUGUGUGAAGUAAAGCUAAUGGGGAGUUAUUUACUUGGAAUUUCAUUCUCACCUCAUGGUUUUUGGUUCACUUUUGUGUCUUUUUAGAGAUCAUGGAUAAGACGAAGUCAUUCGAAAACAGAAAUUAUUCUCCACUUGAAAGCUUUUUUUUUUAUUUCACAUUUAUUCUGCUUCACCUGUUGUAUUUAUUGUGGUUUUUUGACAUUUGGGAUUUAAAGCAUUAAAAAAAACACACAAGUAUUGUUACUAUUUAACUUUGUUGUGAUGUCGAAAAAUGUCAUUUCAGUAACUUAUUUUCAAGUGUUGAUUUACUGUUGCUCUAAAGCUUUAUAACUUCACGUCAUGUGGAUUUAUUUUAUGUGCAGCUCCCUUCAAUUUCACGAUGUGUGUGAUUCACAUUCCUGUGGUGCAGCUCCUGCAUUUGAAAGUCCUGUCAGAUGAUCCUCGUAGCAGAAAAGCUGUUUAACAGAAAAUGUGGAUUAAACAAAGUCUUACACAUUU